AUGGACGGCAACCCUUGCAAUAGGGGCUGUGCGUCUACCACAACGACUCCGGCCGUCGUUUACUUCCCGGCCGGCACAUAUCUCAUCUCGAGGUCCAUUCUCCCCGCCUACUUCACCCAGCUGAUCGGCGAUGCCGCGAACCCCCCGACGCUCAAGGCCAGUGCCAACUUCGAGGGCUUCGGCCUCAUCGACGGCAACCCGUACUACACCGAGGUUCUUAACUGGAAGUCCGUCAACGUCUUCUUCCGGCAAGUGCGCAACUUUAUCAUCGAUACGACCGCCAUUCCUCCAGCCAAGGCCGCGACGGGUAUGCACUGGCCGACGUCGCAGGCCACCAGUCUGCAGAAUAUUGUGUUCAGGAUGCCCCAGACUCCGGAUGUCGUUCACGUCGGCCUGUUCAUCGAGGAAGGUAGCGGCGGUUUCAUGACAGAUCUCACCUUCAUCGGUGGUGAUGUCGGUGCGAGCAUGGGCAACCAGCAGUACACGAUGCGCAACUUUAAAUUCGAGGGCUGCAAGACCGCCAUCUACCAGAUCUGGAACUGGGGCUGGACGUACUCUGGCCUGGAGAUCAACAACUGCCAGAUUGGUAUCGACAUGUCGGCCAACGAUAACGGCAAGCUCAACGUUGGUUCUGUCACUCUGCUCGAUAGCACUUUCAACAAUGUCGGUGUGGCCAUCAAGACUGCCUGGACUGCUUCAUCCACUCCAGCCGCGGCUGGUAGCCUGGUCAUGGAAAACAUCCAGCUCAACAACGUGCCCGUCGCGGUCCAAGGCUCCAACGGCGCGACCCUUCUCGCCGGCGGCAACACCCUCAUCCGAGCCUGGGGCAACGGCCAUUCAUACACGCCGUCUGGCUUCUCCGACUUCAUCGGCGCCAUCGCCCCGAACCCCCGCCCGGCUGUCCUGCUGUCUAAUGGCCGGUACUACACCCGCUCGAAGCCGCAAUACGAAAACCUGCCUGCCUCCUCCUUCCUCUUCCUCCGCGACUUCGGUGCCCGCGGCGACGCCGCCGCCGAUGAUACCGCUGCGCUGCAGAAUGCGAUCAACGCUGCUGUUUCCCAGGGCAAGAUCCUCUUCCUCGACUACGGUCUAUACCGGGUGACGGAUACCAUCCGGAUUCCUCCCAGCGCCAAGAUCGUCGGCGAGUCCUUCCCCGUCAUCCUCUCUGCCGGUCCUAAUUUCAACGACAUCAAUAACCCGCGGCCUGUCGUGCAGGUCGGGGCUUUCUCGGGACAGCAGGGACAGGUUGAGCUGAGUGAUUUCAUUGUGUCUACGCAGAACCGGCAGGCGGGUGCGGUAUGUAUUGAGUGGAAUUUGGCGAGCCCGGCGGGCGCACCGAGUGGUAUGUGGGAUGUGCAUGUUAGGAUUGGAGGGUUUACGGGCACGCAGCAGCAGAUUGGGGAGUGCCUCAAGACGCCGGGGAAUCCCACUGUUAGGGAGGGGUGUGUGGUCGCGUACAUGGCGAUGCAUGUUACGAAGAAGGCGAAGGGGUUGUAUAUGGAGAAUUGUUGGCUUUGGACGGCCGACCAUGACAUCGAUGAGGCGGCCAACACCCAAAUUACUAUCUAUACCGGUCGCGGUCUCUACAUCGAAUCCGAAGAAGGCCCCCUCUGGCUCUGGGGCACCGGCUCGGAGCAUCACGUCCUCUACCAAUACCAGCUACACAACACACGCAACAUCUUCAUGGGCCAGAUCCAGACCGAAACGCCCUACUUCAUGCCCACGCCCAACGCGCUCGUCCCCUUCCCUCCGGUCGCGUCCCUUCACGACCCCGAUUUCUCCGCCUCCUGCCAGGGCGUCGAAGGCAACUGCGCGGCGUCCUGGGGCCUGCGAGUCAUCGACUCGCAGGAUGUGUUUGUCUACGGGGCGGGGUUAUAUUCUUUCUUUAGUGACUACAGCACGAGCUGCUCGACGUUUGCGGCCGGGCAGACGUGCCAGCAGAGGAUUACGAGUUUGGAGGGGAAUGUGAAGAACGUGAAUAUCUAUAACUUGAAUACGAUCGGGACGAGGGAGAUGUUGAAUCGGGAUGGGAAGAGGGUCGCGUGGUAUGCGGAGAAUGAGAGUGUUUUCCCGUCGAAUGUAGCAGUUUAUAAGAGCAAUUAA